AUGCCAAUGCGUCAAUGGGAUAUUAUAUUUUGUAAUCAAGAUAAUCUUAAUAAAUAUUCAUUAAAUCAAUUUACUUUACAUGCACAAGGUAAAAUUGAAAUUGAUUAUAAACAACAAAAAUCAUUAACAAUACCUAAUACAUGGACAACACAACAUAUACCAAGUGCUUAUGAACAUCUUUCAACAAGAGUUCUAUUAUCAGAUAUUGAAACAACAUUUCUUCCUGUCCGUAUUCAAAAAUUUAUUUAUUCAAGUAAAACAAAAACAGAAAUGAAUCAAUCAACACAUAUUGAAGUACGUGGAAAUUAUCAUGAUAAUAUAUGUGGUAUAGGUCAAGAAGAAAUAUAUAGUCUUGAUUUAUUGACAUUUCCAAUGGAUAAUAAAAUAGAAGAACCAAUAUUUACAUUUGAAAGUAUUGUUAUUCAACAAGUUCAAGGUGUACAAUCUGGUCGAUGGUCAAUGGAAAAAACAAUUUAUGAUAAAUUAAAUCUAACAACUGACUUACCUAAUACUGAUCAUAAACCAUAUCUAGAUACAAUUAUAAAAGAUUAUUUAACAUGGCAUUCAACACAUCUUCGUCUUAUUCAAUUAAUUGAACGUUUUCCUCAUUUAAAACCAUUUUUAAUAAUAUUAAACAAAUAUGGUUCACAUUUAAAAGAUAUUCUUAGUGGAGAAAAAAAUGGAUUAGAUAUAUUUGUUGGUGAUGAGGAAAUUGGAGAAAUUUUUCAACAAGUUAAAUUUCUUCUAAGUGCAACUAAAACACAACAAAUUUCUCAUACUAUUUGUCAACAUUUACAAUUACAAUAUGAACGACAAACGAAAGAUGAUAAUUCAUUUGAAAAUUAUCGAUUACGUAUAUUCUGGUUAACUGAUAGUGAUUGUUCAGAUGUUUUAUCUAUUCUUGAUCUUCUUCUUAAUUUAUCACAACAAACAGAUUUAACAAAUUCUUUAAUUGAUCUUCGUCGUUUACUUGUUCCUAAUGGACUUCUUUUAUUACUUGAAUUAGUUCAUAUUCCACUUUAUUUUGAUCUUAUUUUUUGUUUUAAUGAUGAAUGGUGGUCAUCAUCUGAUGAUAAUAAUCGUGCAUUAAAGAAUAUUCAACAAUGGACAACAUUAGUAGAACAAAUCGAAGGAUCUAAUAUUAUUGAAUCAACAAUAAAUCAAAAUGAAAGUACACUAAUUAUUAGUCAAAAAACAACAUCGAAUGAAAUAUUACAAAGACUUGAUGAACGAAUAAAUCAAACAUGGUUAAUAUUCACUAAAGAUGAUAAUAAUAGUUUUGGUCAUAUUCUAUCAUCAUUGUUACUAUGUUCAAAUAUUGAAAUGUUUGAUAUUCGUCAUUCAACUUUAGAUCCUAUUUGUUCUGUAAUACCAGUUCUAUUAACUACUUAUAAACAAGUAUCUAUUAUUUUUGCAUGGCAACUUGAUCAAGUAGCACUUAAUGAAAAUAAUGAUGAGUUAGCAUUUAAACAAAAUGAAGAACUUAUAUCUGGAACAUUAGCACGAAUUCUUCAAACAAUUCAAAAACCAUCACCACAUUUUUAUCCAUUUGUAUAUGUUCUUACAGAUCAUGCUCAAUUUAAUAAUGAUUCGAAUCUUAGUAUAAUUCCAUCACCAUUUAUUGAUCUUGCACGAAGUUUAAUAAGUGAAUAUGAACGACAUCGAUUACAACUUAUUGAUCUUUAA